UAGUGACAGCUCACAUACUACUUCUUGACAGCAGAAUUCUGUCUCCAAACAUCAACAACUGAGCAAAUUACCAAUCCAACAAUGCCAAUCCAUGCCUCCAUCCAUAAUUUUCCACUGUUCAUUUCCAUUUGAUUUAAUUCCUCAAUCCCACUUUCCACUUCAACUUCUCAACCUCACAGAAAUUCAAGAAUUGCAAAAUCCGAAGUUUGGAAUCCGAAAAGCUACAACCAAUAUUGUGGAAGAAGAUCUCGAAAAGUUAUUGUCUAUCUGUAAAUUUCUUCCCUGUAGCUUCUUCUCUGACUCCCACACUGUUCGUAGCGCUUUCUGGAGGGGUUAGGGUUAGGGUUUCUGAAAAGGGUACUGCUCUGCUAGUGUUGUGGCCAUGGGCGAUGAGAAAUCGGCUAUUGCAAUGGCGAGCAGAGACAGAGAGAGAGAUCGAGAGCUUCUUAUCCCGGUUGCGGAGUCGCCCACUGACGAGGCAUCCUCCAAACCUUCGUCGUCCUCCUCGUCGUCUCAUCACCCUGGUAGAGAGACAUUCUACAAGGUUGUUAGAAGCUGGGCCUCAAAGAAGUUUAUGACUGGAUGUGUCAUUCUCUUCCCCAUAGCAAUUACAUUCUAUAUAACGUGGUGGUUUAUUCGUUUUGUGGAUGGAUUCUUCUCUCCAAUCUAUGCACAUCUUGGAAUUAAUAUCUUUGGUCUUGGAUUUGUAACUUCCAUUACAUUCAUCUUCCUGGUUGGUGUGUUCAUGUCAUCUUGGUUGGGAGCAUCCGUCCUUGGCCUCGGGGAGUGGUUUAUCAAGAGAAUGCCAUUCGUUCGCCAUAUCUACAAUGCCUCUAAGCAAAUUAGUUCUGCAAUCUCAUCAGACCAAAACUCACAGGCCUUCAAGGAAGUAGCCAUCAUAAGUCAUCCCCGUGUUGGUGAAUAUGCAUUCGGGUUCAUCACUUCCUCUGUAAUUCUCCAGAACUAUUCUGGGGAGGAGGAGCUAUGCUGUGUUUAUGUCCCUACAAAUCAUCUCUAUAUUGGCGAUAUUUUCCUGGUUCAUACCAAGGAUGUUAUUAGACCGAAUUUAUCAGUUCGAGAAGGAAUCGAAAUCGUUGUCUCUGGAGGAAUGUCAAUGCCCCAGAUACUUUCAACUAUGAAUUCCGAAAUUAUGUCCAUGGACAGAAGUAGGCUUGAGAGAAGUUAAGAAUGGGGGAUACCGGUUAUUAGGUUACUAUUAGCAGCAUUCUCAUAUCUUCAGCUUCUUCGGAUUGGAGAACCAACCACACUGCAACUGUCGUCUGGGUAAGUCCAAGGUCGAGAUCGAUGCAUCCUGGUAGUUGAUUAUGAUAGCGUUUGUGAUUUGUGAACUGAGUUUGCCUUGUUAAUUUCUAUCGUUAUGAUAGUUCAGUACAGGUUAGUUUACAAUGUGGUCUUGGGGACUUUUGGAUAGUUGGAUGGAUCUCCGUAUCCUCGGCGCUACAGUUUUUUACUAAAAUCAGGUCAUUUAUAUUCAUUCAUGAAAUAGUUGUACAUGUUCAUGUGAAAUAUUCAUAAAAAAUCUCUUUUAACACCAAA